AUGAAACACAGAAAACUUAGCAAAGUUGGAGAUCUGUUUACUGAUGAUAGAGUACAUAUAAAGAAGAGUGGUACCAGUCUGCUUGUAGCAGAUAUUAAACGUACCAUUAAUAGAAACUUAAAUAACAAAGAUCACAGAUAUUCAAAUCAGCCUAACUAUCGUAAAUACAAUGAUCAUCAAAGACAAGAUUAUGAUCCAAGUAAUCAACGUAGGGGAUAUAAUCUUGAUGGUUAUUCAUACAAUAGUACACAGGCCAACAAACGUAGCAAUAUAACUGAAGACUACUGGAGAAAUUAUUCCUACAACCAAGACAGCUACGACAAAUACCAUAGCCCACAUCACCAGAAUCUCAGGAAUUAUGAUAAGAAUUUUUCAAAUUAUAGAUACAAUGAUGGGGAUAAUUACGCUAGAUAUGGGAAUCAUCACCAAUCACAGAUGUACUACAGCAAUCGAAGUGAUAGAAAUACACAAAAUGACAGAGGAUAUGUUCAUGAUGGAUAUACUGAUAACCACAACUACAAUACUUAUUGUAGAUAUAUUGUCACCUGUAGAUAUUGGUAA